GAAUCUGGGAAAAAAACAGUUCCUACCCCCAAUUUGAAACCCUUUUCUUCUCCCCCUUUUUUCUCUCCCUUUCGUUUCCUCCUCUCUCCCUCGAUUCCCUCUUCCCCUGCUCGCCGUCGUCGCCUCUUCACCGUCACAGUCCACAUCUCCCUCCGGCUCCGUCCCACAUCCUCCGUCGUGGGCUAUGUCUUAGAUGGUGAUUGCCGUUGUUCUCCGAGCAACACCAAACUUGUCGUAACUCUCCAUCUCCUUCCACAAGUUUGGCACUGUGAAGGGAUUGACGGAGAAGACGAUGACCCUCCUCACCUUCCCGGCAAAGAUGAUGACCCGUCUCCCCUUCCUAUACUGGCCAUCCUCCCCUUCCCGGCGACGACGACGACGAAGAAUCUGAGGUGCUCGGAGGGAGUCAGCAGGUGCAAAAAUAAACUGGCCAGGAUGAAGAGACAGUAUCCUUGAGUGCCUAGAGGGAAGAGGCAUGGAAGCUAUGUUUUUUUGUAAUGAAGAAAAUGGGUUAGGUCAGGAUAAUUUCUCGAGUGCGGGAUACCAGCAAGAAGCGGUUUCGUGAAAUCCAGGAUAAUGGACAACAAGUUAGGCGGAAGAGGAAACGUACUGAUUAUCUUAGCGGCAAGAAGUGUAGCCCCAACUCUAUAAUUCAAAUUAUGUUUUUCCAUUGCAUUACCCAAGUGACCCAGUCAUCCUUCGACACUUGAUUUGUCGUUAUUUAGGCUUCGCAUAAACAAUAUCUUAGUGACUUCAUUUUUGUUUAUUACAUUGGUUGGAUAUUAUUUUUUAUUUCCAUUUUCCUUUUUUGAUAACACAUUUUUCUCCGCAGUUAGUGGUGAUACUAAUGGAAAGUUGAUUGUUUGUUUACAUAUCAGAUUGGUUGUACAUAUAUACUUUCGGUAGUAAACGUAUCUGUUAAGUGGUUCUUGUAUCAGUGC